AUGGAUAUUCCCAAUUCUCAUGAAAUCAUAACAAACGAGACAACACCUCUGAUAUCUGCAAAGGGCUUGAAAAAACCUAGAACGCCCCUUCCAAAACUUCAGAUGGGCAUACUUAUAACGCUGCAACUUGCGGAACCCAUCGCUUCGACAUCGAUAAUCCCGUACAUCAAUCAGCUUAUCAGAGAGCUCGAUAUCACUGGGGGUGACGAUGCGGCUGUAGGAUAUUACGCUGGAAUCAUUUACUCUCUGUUUUUCGUCGGACAGGCAUUGACGGUGUUGAAGUGGGCUCGGCUGUCUGACCGCAUUGGGCGCAAGCCGGUGUUAGUAAUCGGACUAUCGGGAACUUGCAUUUCGAUGUUGUGUUUCGGCCUUUCGACAACCUUCUAUGGCCUUGUCGCUAGCCGCUGCUUGUGUGGUUUUCUGAAUGGCAAUGUUGUAGUAAUGAAGACUAUGGUGGGAGAUUUGACGGAUUCCACAAAUAUGGCUCAGGGAUUCGCCUUAAUCCCGAUCGUCUGGUGCAUUGGAGGCUUUGUUGGUCCUUUAAUGGGAGGAACAUUCGCACGACCGCAAGAUCAUUGGCCGGUAUUAUUCUCCGGUUCGUUCUGGAGACAUUACCCCUACUUUCUGCCUUGUGCAGUGGCAGCCUGUCUGCUCGUCCUGACCCUUGUCAUGAUGACAAUCUUCUUGGAAGAAACAUUACCGACAAAGCGUCGGCCGUCCACUUCAACUACGGUCAGCAUUUCAAGUAGCCCCGACGGAGAAGCACUCGUUACAAACUCGAUGGCAAACAUACCCUUGCGAUCCCUCCUUACGCGUUCGGUUGUUAUCCCGAUUGCAAACUACGCCAUGCUCUCCUUCCUUGACAUGGCUUUUAUGGUUCUUUUGCCGUUGUUCUUCUCGACACCUACUUACCUUGGCGGUCUUGGAUUUGAACCUACUGCUAUUGGCUUGUGGAUGGCGUUGUUUGGGAUCAUAAAUGGUGUUCUUCAGGCAUUAUUCUUUGCCAAAAUCGUCGAUUGGAUUGGUCCAAAGCGUUUAUUCUGUGUCUCAGCGUGGUGCUACCCACUACUCGUGGCUAUGUUUCCGAUAUUAUCGUGGAUUUUACGUGCAAGAGGGGAAGUCGAUCAUGUAAUCACAUUUGCCUUGCUUUGCUUUAUAGGUAUAGAAGUCGCAUGGGAUAUGGGAUAUGGGGUCAUUUUUAUGUUUAUCACAGCCUCUGCUCCAACAAACAAUGUACUUGGUACUAUCAAUGGCCUCGGCCAUACCUCUGCGGCGGUAGCUCGUGCUGUUGGUCCCGCCCUGGCGACUUCGCUUUUUGCUGCAUCGAAGAAAUACAACCUUCUAGGAGGAAAUGCAGUUUAUGUCAUCUUAAUUAUGUUGGCAGGUGGAAUGAGAUGGCUGGCAUCUCAGUUGCCGGAUGACGUACAAGACAAGGACGAGUGA